CGCAGCUAAACCAUCCUAUUUCCAAACCCUCCGCACGUAAAGACAAAAACACAAUGGCAGAUGAUAGCUUCAAGGCCGAGUUCCUGCAGACCCACAAUGAGUUGCGGGCCAAGCACGGCGUGCCAGCCCUGACCAUGAGCGAUGCCCUGUGCAAGUCUGCUCAGGCCUGGGCCGACCAUCUGAAGAGCACCAACAAGAACAGCAGCAAGAUAAACCUCCAGCACAGCAAAACCAAGAACGGAGAGAACCUCUACUUCUCCUCCAGCUCUGCAACCGUCAAACUAACCGGAAAAGAGGCAGUUGAGAUCUGGUACCGCGAGAUCAAGGAUUACGAUUUUAGUAAGCCUGGUUUUGGAUUUAACACAGGCCACUUUACCCAAGUUGUGUGGAAGUCUUCGACUGAAGUUGGUGUGGGUAUUGCCAUGGUUGAAAACGCAGUCUUUGUCAUAGGCCAGUACAGUCCUGCAGGAAAUAUAGCCACCGAUGACCACUUUGAGAAGAAUGUCCUGCCUGCAGGAGAGGCAAAGAGCUGACCUGAGACCUGCUGGAUUGGGUAAAUCUGGUCAUGAUGAUGUCUUCGAUGUCUUGGAACAGGUCUACCACAUUCACCCUGCAUCAUCUUCUGACUUCCUCACCAGCAACCGUAUUGCAGUUACUGUUAAAUCCUCAGUUCUGUCAGGGCCUCUGGCAAACCUGCAGAUCUGGAGCUCGUCGAAGUACCUCCUAAUGGGAACACACACACACAAAUUGUUUUAAAAAAAUUAAAAA